UCGCCAUGCGCUUUUACGCACCGGGUUUGGCUAUGCGCUCUGGGCGGGGGUUAUGACUCUUGGAGGUUAUGGAUCCCCCCAGUUUGGCUUGGGCUUGGCCAGACCCUUCCUUUAGUAGCCCGAGGCUUGGCUGAGAACCUGGGAAAGAGCAGGAGGAGGCCUGCAAAGGGGCUGCAAUCUGGGGCGCUUUGUUGCUGUUGUUUGCCAAUCUCUCUCUCCAAGGCGCGCAAGACUCUCUCUCUGUCUCCGUGCGCCAGGGCGCGCGUCCUGGGGGCACCCCAAAGCCGGCCUGGGGGAAAGGGGUGCGGGCGGCUUCCUCGUCCGGGCCGGGGCUGUCCUGCUGCGGCAUCGCCUUCCGCUCCUCCCCUUCCUCCUCCCGGCGCCGAAGGGUCAGAGUUGGGCGAAGAUGGCGGCUCCCACGGCGAGCGACGCGUUCGCCUUUUGUCCGUCGCCGGGCGCCCGCAACGCCUCCGAAGUGCGCUUCAUCAGCACCGCCAAGGGGAAAGGACUCUUUGCAACCCGAAAAAUCCAGAAAGGGGAAACCAUUUUUGUCGAGAAGCCUGUCGUGGCAUCCCAGUUCCUCUGGAAUGCAAUGUAUAAAUACAGAGCCUGCGACCAUUGUUUGCGAGCCUUGGAGACAGCCGAAGAAAACGCCCAGCGGCUCCUUGGGAGAUUCCAGAUCCUCCCUCGCCCGGAGCAAUGCAGCAUCCGGAAAGACCUCCACCAGCAUUGCCCCAGCUGCCAGGUGACAUAUUGCAGCGCCGAGUGUCGGAAAGCUGCGUGGGAGCAGUACCACCAGGUUCUGUGCCUGGGGCCCUCCAGGCAGGAUCCAAACCACCCCUUAAACAAACUGCAGGAGGCUUGGAGGAACAUCCACUACCCGCCCGAGACUUCGAGCAUCAUGCUCAUGGCCCGGAUGGUUGCCACCAUCAAACAGGGCGAGGAGUCCUUUGCCAACGACCGGCGGGUGGAAUUUGAAAGCCUGCACAACAAGAACAAUUUCCGCGAGGUGCGCCAGUAUCGGACCAACCACCACCUGGUACGCUUCUACUUCAUCACUCGGGUCUUUUCGAAUUACAUGGAGAGCAGUAGAGUAGAUGCACCCUAA